UCUUCGGCUGCUUUUCAGAUCGCGCUUUGGGGUGCGAAGGAACUCUCGCACUCCGCGACCUCACGCAUCCUUGGUUCCACUGCCAUUCCCUGUUCCUGCCUUCGCCACAUCACGGGAUCGCUGCUUUUUUCUAAAGUUUUGCAACCUUUGGUCCGAAUUUCUGAGGCGGAGGGCGUACUGUGAGACCAGGGAAUUUCCUGAAUGCCAUUUUCUAUUGUGUUGUAUACAGUGAAGGCUGUCGAGCAAUCGAGAGAGAGAGAGCGAGAGAGAGAUUGUGAGCGAGAAGGAGGAGGAGGGUAGGAAAAGUAGCAUUUGUUUUUCCCGGAGCGAGUUUGGUAGCAAUGGGGAUCAUAGGUACCCUCGUCAAGCACCCGGACGAGAUUCCGCCUCUUAUCAAGCUCAAGAUCGCUGCGCAUCGAGCUCAGAAGGCGAUUCCGAAGGACCCCAACCUCGCAUUCUGUUACCGGAUGCUCACGCGCGUGUCGCGCAGCUUCUCUAUUGUUAUCCAGCAGCUGAGCCCUGAGCUUCGUGAUGCGGUUUGUGUUUUCUACUUGGUGUUGCGAGGUCUUGAUACAGUCGAGGAUGACAUGGCCAUACCAAUAGACAUCAAGGUCCCCAUCCUUAAGGCUUUUCACAAACAUAUAUACGAUCCUUCUUGGAAAUUUUCUUGUGGUGAGAAGGACUACAAGGAGCUUAUGAACAAAUUCGAACUUGUUUCUAAUGCAUUCUUGAAUCUUGAGGAGGGUUAUCAAAAAGUAAUUGCUGAAAUGACGGAGCGUAUGGGUAAUGGGAUGGCUAAAUUUAUUGAAUCUGAGGUGAGCACAGUAGACGACUACGACGAAUACUGUCACUAUGUUGCAGGCAUUGUGGGCUUAGGUUUGACCCGCUUGUUUCAUGCCUCUGGUCUUGAGGCUUUUAAACCAGACGAUCUCUCAAACUCCAUGGGCCUCUUCCUUCAGAAAACAAACAUCAUAAGGGACUAUCUAGAGGAUAUCAAUGAAAUUCCAGCACCUCGAAUGUUCUGGCCACAUGAGGUCUGGGGCAAGUACGCAACUAAGCUUGAGGAUUUCAAGCAUGAGGACAACUCACAAAAUGCCCUGAGGUGUCUGAAUGCAUUGAUUACGAAUGCACUAGCACAUGCAACAGACUGUCUCAAAUACAUGGAAGAUAUCAACCAAGAAGACAAUUUACGGUUCUGUGCCAUUCCUCAGAUUAUGGCGAUUGCGACACUUGCCGAGUGCUACAACAACAUUAAUGUCUUCAGAGGAGUUGUGAAGAUUAGACGAGGAAUAACGGCCAAAAUUAUGCAGACUAGGACAAUGGGCGAUGUGUAUGGGACUUUCUUUGAUUUCUCUAAGAAAAUCGCUGCCAAGAUUGAUGAUAAUGACGAUUCAGCAUCAGUGACACGUAAACAUAUUGAGGACAUUCAGGAGUACUGUGAAUCUCACUUGCUUGAGCCGCGAGUUUUCUCAAUAGACCAAGAAACUGGACUGGACUUCUUCUUGAUCCUGUUGGUUUUCAUUUGCGUGGGUGUUAUGGUGUACAUGCUUUACAAUGACUGGUAAUAAUAUCCAGAUUGCAUCAUCUGAUUUUGCAAUGGAUAUCUUUAAAUGAUCAACCAUAGCCCAUGAUACGAUGUUAGAUUUUCACUACUGGAGGGCCUCAUCGGCCCUGAUGCUUUGCAGCCGGCUCAGUUCCGCAGAGGUUAAUUUCAUAUCAGCUUCUCUACUUAACCACCUUCAAGAGUUCAAUGACUUCGUUGUUCAAAAUUCGUUUCAGUUGCAAUCUUCAGCAGUUCAAUUUGCAAGUUAGAUCUCCUGCGCCUUAGUCACUGGAAUUGUAACAGCACAUUUAUCCACACUAUGAUUAGACUAGCAGGUUGAGGUGAACAUUCAACCACCAACACUGGCACUUUUAUGGUGGAAUGUACCAACCACACGUUCCAACGUACAGAAAACCUGAAUCGACUUUGAUAUCCAAACAUGUUUUGAUCA